UCCAAUCAAUUCAAUUGCGAACGAGGCCAUCACAUUCCCACCCCAGAUACUUGGCUGCCUUCCUUGGUUCAUGUUUUAAAGGGUUCAUGGUCUUCAUAUAUAAAUACAGCCCUCUGGGUAGAAUCCCUUCAUCAAGCUCGUUUUCUGUCCACCAACCCCUUCAAAAUUAUGUUCUCUCAGCCUCGGUUCUCGUCCUCAGUCCCCACCCCUGUGAAGGAAUACGACGCGUCUGCUUGUUAUCUUCACUACGAUCUGGAAGACAGCGACUGCUUCCCCCCAGAUGAAGACUUGCUGGCAAAGCGAACAAAUGCUUUGCCACCAGGGUAGGCCGUACGCGGUCUCUUUGCAAUGUGCCAGCCCCUCAUUGUCAUCUUCUGCAUCACUCGCAGUAUUCAUUAUAAUUUUCCUGAGCAGUCGCCCGCAUCGGAUGCACCAGCUAUAUCUGGGUAGUCCACGUUCCGUGUGGAUUACCUGCAAACCGCUACUGUUUUCGGUCACCAGGACAGUGCAGGGAACAUUGAACUGCUACGUGGUCUCGGUUCAAGCCACCGAAGUCAACGUUCCCACCGGACAUCUUGCUCUUCCCCGAGGGUACCUGGGGCCCUUUAGCAAUGAUGCCGGUGCCGUCGUCACCUCUGCCAGUUCAGUUGGCUCUCUCGCCACAGCCGAUACGCUAGCCUUUCCUUCGGGGAUUUCCCAGGUGCUCCCUAACCCAAUUCAGUUUACAAACACCACAGCCUUAGGGCUUCCACAAGUAACGUCACAGCCCUAUCGAAGGCCUUGUGAGUGGAAAGACAACACGAGGCGUAUAUGCGGCAAGGAUUGCUGUCUUGUGGUCUUACUUACACUGCACGAAGGUAUCUCAUUAACUGUGCCAUUUGAUUACUUCCUGUUGCUCAUCCUUUCAUACGAGCUGUUUUUGCUUCACUGUAUAUAUUUGCUCAUGAACUCCACUGAUCCGCUAACGUUGACCAUCACACGCCCACGAACAAAUAGAAGUCAUGUCGGUCGGUUUCGGCUAAAAUAUUGGGUAUUAGUUAAACAAACUUCAAGUGUGGACAGGUUUAUAUAAGAUGGCCACGAGGUAGCCUGCCACAAACUUCAAUGAUCCAGGCCCCGCCGAAACACUACGGAAUUAAGUCACCUCGCCACGAAGUUCCUGUGACGCGGAUACCGGGGGGCAAUAAGCUUCUCAG